CUGAAAAACAUGUUUAGCCAAAUUCUUUAACACGGUCAGCUGUUCUCUCUCAGCCGCAGGCGGCCACCAGCCUGUCGGUGUCUCUCUAAGCCUUUAAUUUCAGCUCUAAAUCCUCUCCACUGACGGCAGUUUUUACUUGUUUUUAACUGAGCGCAUUGAGCGGUGGAUCAGCGCCGAGUCCGCGCCUGGGGAUGGAUUCAGCCCGGAGGGAGGCUUCUGUGACGCGGCUGGAGAGGAGUAGCCACACGGCGUUCAUACACAGCAACACUCUGUAUGUGUGGGGAGGUCACCAGGUAGUUGCUGGACAGGAUGUUGUGUUGCCCAGUAGUGAGAUAUGCCUCUGUGAUCUGGACAGUGGGAAGUGGGAGUGCAAGGAGAUCACUGGAGAGAGUCCCACAGGCUUAUCUGGGUUCUGUGGCUCCAAUAUUAACAGCACUCUCUACAUCUUUGGAGGAUGCGAUUCUGACGGAUACUCCAACCAGAUGUUCAGCGUGGACGUUGCUCAGCCGUGCUUCUCCUGGACGAGAGUCACCGACACAAAGGGAGUGACGCCCUCACCCCGUGACAAUCACUCCUGCUGGGCGCACAGAGGCAGACUGAUCUACUUUGGGGGAUAUGGCUGUAAGACCAUAGCAGAGGCACAGAACACAUCAUCAUCAAGCUUCAUUGUAGAAGAGAUGUCCUGGGCAAUGAUCGGAAACACUUUGUUUCGGUGCUGGGGAUGGAACAACGAGGUCUGCGUCUUUGACACGCAGUCCUCUACCUGGAGCGCACCCGCGACUCAGGGUCCUGCUCCUUCUCCCAGAGGCUGCCAUGCCAGCUCCAUACAAGGACACAAAGGUUACAUCACUGGUGGCGUGGAAACGGGGGAGUUGGACAUUUUCUGCUUGGACCUUGAUACCUGGACUUGGAGUAGAUUUGACAACUUGCCUUGUGGUUCACCCCCGGGGCGCUUCAUGCACACCAUGAACUCUGUGUCGGACCAAACUCUGUUCGUAUACGGUGGCCUCGGCAUAGAUGGGAAAACCCUGAAUGAUGCCUGGUUGUUUAACACACAGAAGAGAGAGUGGACAAAGGUGAAGCACCCACACAAAGAUAAGCCCAGGGUUUGUCACUCUGCUUGCCUGGGAAGUGACGGUGAUGUUGUCGUCUUUGGGGGAAACAGUGACUUCUGCGUCCUUGUGGACUCUGUGUCUGUUAUGAGGGCUCCAAAGCAACAUCACUGCAGGGAUGUUUUAAUCUUCCAGACGCAGCCGUACUCUCUCUGCAGGUUGUGUGAAGAUUUCAUCAGCGAAAACUCUGAGCUCUUCAGGCUCGACCUGUUGCCGUCAAAGCUACAUAAAAAAAUCAGCAGAAGGGCUGCAUGUUUGUCCGCCACGAAGCUGACGCCUACAGCGUGAAGGACUGUUUAUACAGCAACACUACCUCCAUCCCUGACGAUCAUUUUUGUCCAUUCUACAUUUUUUAUUUUAUUUUUUGAUGACUUUAAGAUGGUGCUUUGGUUUUGUUGUUUUUUUUAACUUUAACAGGAUUUGUAAAAAAAAGUCUUUGUUUUAAAAUGUUUGGGUAAAAUUUUACUGUAACAUGUUACAUUUUUUUGAAUAAAGCUGCUUUUAUUUCAUAUUUUCUUUUCCAACCUUAGAAAGCACAGAUUGGCAGAUGAGCAAAAUUGAAGUUUUAAGCAGCAACAAAAAAAAAAAAAACAUAUUUCAGAAAUUAAUGCAUCAUGAAGCUAUAGCCUGCAGCUGUAGUUAAAUUGAAUUUUAUAUUGAAAUUUACUUUUUUUUUAUUGUGGGUAGAGGGCAGUUCCACUUUACUGAAAAAUACCAAAAGUCAAAUUGCCU